UUUGGCAGAUGUUGUUUAGACUUGUAUAACUAGGUUGAGUACAGGAUCUAACCGACGACGAAUGUUUUGCUAUGAAUCUAGUUUAAAUGGUUUUUAUGAACCUCGACGUGCAUCACCCGAUGGAUGCAAUAUUGAUGACGAUAAGACCUUAAAUAACUUGUUGAGAGUCAGUACUUUUUACCGAUCAGACCCAAAGUACUUGGAAACGAAACAAGAGAAUGGUUUUACAGAGUCUAUGAGAAGUCAACUAACUGAAUGGAUGUUUGGAAUAUCAGAUAUUUGUGAAGACGGUGUCCUGCCCCACGCUGUGAACUUACUCGAUAGAUAUCUAUCCCUCCAAAAGGUCGAGAGGCCCACAGAGGAGCUGCAAGUGCUCGGAGCGACGUCCCUGUUUAUAGCCAGCAAGCUGCGCGAAGCGACCCCACUUUCCGUGGACGGACUAGUGGAGUGCGGUGGAUACAGCUACUCCAUCAGGGAUGUUAGAAGUUGGGAGCUGCGAAUACUGAACGUGUUGAAUUGGGACACGAGCGCGGUGCUACCGCACGACCUGUUAGACCACUUCCUCCACAGACUCCCGAUACCAGAUCAAGUUAAGAGCCGAGUAACCUACCACGCCAGAACCCUCCUCAACCUUUCAUGUACCGAGUACAUGUUUCUUCCUCACUCCAGUAAAAUAAUGGCUGCCGGAUGUCUCUACGACGCUAUAUUCGCCCUCGGUUCCAAGUUUCUUGAGCUCAGAGGAAACGUUGUUCAACUCAUGGGAAAAUUCAUCGAAAUUGACGUGGACGAAUUUGAAGGCGUAGUAACAAAGAUCAGAAAGCUUAUGGAAAGCACACGCGGCGGCGGCGCCUCAAACGAGAUCCCGCCCCUCUCCUUCUCAGAGAAACGCAGCUCCAGUCCUUCCUCAUCGACACCCACCAACAUCGAGGAGCUGUGCACCUAACACCCCCACCCUCAAACCCCAUAUAGUUCUUCAAUUAGUUCAAUUUCCUGCUACACGUAGCUCACUGUUUGCGCUGCCCGUGCAAAAUGAGGUUUGCGCGAAGUUCGUUGCGCGGCAUCUCGCAUGGUGUCACGUACGUGGCAGUCGACAGUGGGGUGAUGUGCCUUAGGUUAUAUUAUAUGAAUAUGUUGAUUUAGGUUUAGGAAAAAUAGAAAAAAACAAUAAAACACUAAACUGUAAACAAGCGUGUGCGCUUAAUGCUCUAAUAUAACUCAACAAAAAAACUUGUUUGGAGUUUGCUCUGCGUGUGAGAAAAUGAUAAUUUUUACGCAAAAAGAAGUUUUUUUCAGUUAUUUAACUUGCUCAUAGUCUCACACACAAAUAAUAUCGAGUGUAGACCUUCUACUUCUUGGUCCAACGGCACCCUCUGUUCAUUUCUAAGGGAUAUCCUGUAUCAUGUAUCUAGAUACUAUCAGUAUCUCUCACGAUCACCUAUCCGUACCCCGAUUUAUCUGAACAGACAUGUACCGUGGGACUGGGAAGUGGAGUGUCACACUCGUAGCUAUUGACACACUGAACACUAUUUUAUUUUGGUAUUUGUUUUAAUGGUAAGGGUCCAGUCCACCUGGCAUUUGCACUGGUGAGCUGUAUAGGACACGGGUUACAUUUACCUUUUUAAUUUUUUAAUUCGUUUUAAUAAUCACUAAUUUAUUAUAAUUAUAAUGAUGAGUUCGCACUGAAUAUGUGUUUUAAAUUUAAAUGUCUACCUGUUAUGAUGAUGAUGAUGCGGUGGGACAAGGUUAUAAUAUAUUUAGGCUACUUGAUCUGUUUGCCAGUGUUUUCGCGAGAGAGAAGGGAUAAGUUAUCUAUAAAUUUGUCUGACGUACAGCAGUCAAUGACGAAUCGUAAUUGAGAAGUUGUUGAUGGGUUACAGCUACACGUUUCUUUUUUUCCCUCUACAAAUAGCAUGUAGAGCGAUAUUCAACACGUGUUCUUGCAAGUUAUUGUGAAAUGAUUGUCUUCUGUUAUUGCGAAGAAACCUUACAUAUGUCCGGGAUAAUUUAUUGGUGGCAAUAAUUUCAUUACUUGCAAGGACACGUAUUUUCAUGAUAUCAACAGACCUUCAUUAUAGGUUUUGUAUUAGUUUUUUAAACCUAGGAUUAUUUUCUACGAAGAGUGGAUGAGUACAAGAAAAGUGUGUACUGAUAUUGUAAUGAUAUAAUACUCGAGAUGAGAUUGAAUGGCCAACACAUUGACUCUGUCAACGGAUUUAGGUAUAUAUUUGAAAAUUUGAAAAAUAGUUUAACGAUUACCCAGUGUAAUGGUGUCUCGGUAUUGAUAAUAAAAAUGGACUCUAGUAAUUGUUUGGUGACUGCUCAGCGCUACUUAAACCAGCUACUGUGGUCCACUAGAAACCUUUAACCACACAUGAUUUAACACACACCUUGACAAGUGACAACGUUUUCUUUUUAACUCAGUUAGUUGUAGCUGCAAGUGUAGCAGGGUAGUUGACGUGCUAACCUCACUUAGUUGUGAGUGCACGUCGCACGGCAGGGCCUCGUGGCCGGUAUUUUGUCUGAACUUGCCUGGUACUCGGUCUGAACUUAGGUGCACGUGCGUUGUUUCUGGGCGGAGCUUCUUUUCUGAUUUACGAAUGUGAUGAAGGGCUUGUGUCAACGUGUGUGCUGCCCUUAGUAGUAGCGUGUGGUUUUGGAGUUGGACACACUGGGUAGUUGUUAUUAUAUUCUGCAUUUCUACGGCUGGCGUGAGAAUGACGUUACGAGGGGUACGUGCAAUGUAAUACUGAGACUUUUAGUGUUAUAUUUUUGGUGUUUGAUCUUGAAACUUUCGAGGAGAAAACAGUGAUAAAUAAGGAAAAAAAGCAAAUAAUUAUAUGCUGAUAAAAAAAUACAUAACGACAAGUUUGUAGCAAAUUUUUAACUCUUUAAUUUAUGAAAGUCUUGAUAUACAGUUUUAUGUGCAAUUUAUUUUGAUGUUAGUUAAUGCAUUUGAGUGAUACACACCGAAUCGACAGAUAUGAAUUUAGGCAGGUGCAUAACCAAAGACAGUUUAAGAAUAAAGCCGCCGUUUGACUUUGAAUUGUUAUCUAAUUUAACAUAAUAAUAUAGUAAGGAAGAUGACCAAAGAAAGAAAUAGUCAAUUGAAAUGUAAAUUUUGAAUGUUGUUCCAAUUCAUUCCCCACCAA